AGAUGGCGGUUUAUGCUUACAGUGAUUUGUUUACAGUGGAAUCAUGGAUUUGUUCCCAUUUCCCGUAGGACAUAAUGGAAAUACAAAUAAUCUGUUCCAGGGUCAAAUCGUGGCCAUCAUGACAUUUUUAACUGUACACGCAAUGUUUUAAGUCACAUUACAACUGUCAUACAUGUGUUGCAUCAAGUGCUGUAUCGUAAAACCUAAAAACGAUAAAUUGCAUUCUCAACCUUCACUUUGAUGACUUGUAGUAUAUUGAUGAUGGUGAGUCGAGUGUCAUACAAGUGUAAAAAGAAGUUCAUCAUAGAUUAGCAGCCAGGACAGAGGCGUGCACCACUUUUCCUACAUCGCAGUCUAUGGUCGUCGUCAUCAUUAUACUUUACUAAAAAGCCAAAGAAAAAGCUGGUCUUUUGUCUUUUGUGAUGUUGUGCAUGACCUACGAAAAUGAUGACUUCAGGUCCAUUGGACAUUGGCGGUCCUGCUGUGUUUUGAUUGUUAGCAUUACACAAAAGCAGAUGAAAGGGGCGGGGCAUAGGCCGAGAUGUGGCUCCAGGAUUAUGUAAACAAACAUUGCAAGGUUUUUUUUUCCACUUAUUUCUUCAUGCAAUUGAAAUGAACAUUCAGGCAGGAGGGGGCUGUCAAUUUAAAUGUGGAAGGAGUGUUUUCGGUGGAGGUUUUACACUCAGCGCUAUUCUCGUCAAGACAAUUGACAUCAUUACAAGGUGUUGGCCAGUGCUUUGACAGCUGCUGUUGAAUGCAGCUUUCUCCCACUAACUAAUCAUUAUCAGCUGUUUUCCUCUGAGGCUCGUCAUGUGUACGGUAUUGGUUGAAUGAAAGGCUUGGAAGACCACUGUGUAUGGUAUUCUAGUGAAACAUGCUGUGCCGUUAUUGUGUAAGAACAUUGAUGAAUUAUGCAGCCCACCUCGCUCUAUUAUUGAGCAGCUUCGCUUGCCUUUUUAACCAUAAAAGUUUUGUCACCGGGCCGGGGCACCUUGAGACGUGCUUAUGCCAUGGUUGAUGGAUUAUUAUCUUCCCACAUUUCCCACGUACAGGUAUAUAUCACAUAUGCAUGCAGACUGCCUCAAAUAGAUUUGGCGCUACCUGUUUGCCCUCACUCAUAAACACAUCAUAAUGGGGCCUUCUGUGGAUGUACUGUCAUUUCCAGACAGGUGUCAACGUUGUUGAGGGGAUAUUUAGUACACAGAAGGAUGUCACAGGGCUCCAUCUUGCUUGUGGCAUUAAAAAACACAAAAAUAACCAACAGAAGAAAGUUCAUUUAGAUUUCUAAAAAUUUUUGUUUUGCGUUUCAUGUUUUUUUUUCCCACUUGUUGUCUCCUGCAGCGUCCAACAAAAUUCCAUGCAUAUGGAUUCCAUACAAUAUUCACACAUCUAACACAGGAAAUAUACCUUUCAAUGUUAUUUUGCACGGCAAAAAUAACACGAUUAACAUGUGUUUUGGAGUCAUGAGCACUUUAAGGCUUACUAAUGCUAACGCUAAUGCACUGGAUUAACAGCUUUUCAGUGUCUUCAUGUAACGUUUGCCUAAGGAUGGAUGAGUCUCACCUAGGGACGAAGGUCAUUGGAACCCUCUUACCUUCUUCUUGUGUAUAUGAUCUGGCUGAGCUGUUGAGAUGUAUUGCUGGUGUUUGCAUGGAGUAGCAGAUGGGGGUGGGUGGGUGUAUCUGUUCCAUCAUCAGAGGAACAGAGGCAUUGAUCCACUCCCAAAUGAUCCAGAGCCAAAGUGGGCUGUUGCUGAGAAAAACAUUAUUGAUCCAAAAGGUGGAGUGGCGGCUGUAAUAAAUGCCAGUUGUCAAUGGCAAAACACAUUUACUGUAUUGUACGUUAGAGGAAAAACAGCAGUGAAAAUCAGCUUGAAAAGAGCUAGUGUGCAUUCUCCUUGACUAACUGUGACCUUGUCUGUUGCUAUCUUGAUUUAACCCCGCUGCCAUUUGCUCUGUGAAGUGUUGUGAGUGCCCUGAUUGUGACUUACAGCUCGGCCAGGUAAUAGUCUGCUCCACACUCCUCAUCUGAUAGGACACUUAUUAUCAUUUGGCUUGGAUGGACUUUGACUUCUGCGGCAUGCGAUGUGCAGACACAUCAUAGCAUGGCGGAGAAUAGCACUACACUUAAAAUGCAAUACAUUCUUUAAGCUCCUUUGCCGUCAAUACUGAAGGAGUUUAUUUUGUCUAUGCAAAAUAUCUCAGUACUCACCAGGUGAACGCUUCGGGAACUCAAUCUGCCUGACGGGCCCUGGACUUUUAUUAGAUUCUAAAUAAUUUAUGCACCCUGCCUGUUGUGUUGGCUUACGCUGACAGACAACAUCUCCAAGAGGAGGCCACGACCCGUUAGCGAUGAAAGCAAUACACUGGAUGUGAUUACAGUAUUGAGAAAACAAAUCACCAAAGCCAACCGCUUAACGUUACACCACCAUUUUUCAGUUGUAGUACUUUCACCAAAGCAGCUGCAGAAUUCUAAAAAGCAAAUGGCAAAACAACAGGUUACUAAAGAUGCUAAUCUUAAUUAAUGGGCCUACCAUGCAGCUUUUGUUUACUUUUUCACAAAAUAAAGCAUUAACGUUUAUUUUUUUAAAAAGCUUUACUGAAUAAAAUAAAAAGUAAUGUGAUUUUUAGGUAGACUUUGCUAAAAAAAAAAAAAAAACUUUUGAAAAACGCUACUGCACACAAUUAAAAGUAGCUUACAGUGUGUAUAUAUGAGUAUGUAUUAUACAAUAUAUAGAUAUACCUGCAUAGAUUGCCUGUUCAAUGAUUCCACAUUUCAACACGAGACAUUUACACUUAUAAUAUUGCAACACAAAUUAAUAAUACGUAAUGUACAUAGGAAGCUGUGUUUUUUUUUGUAUCUGUCUUUCUAUCUUUUAUAUUUUUGGCUACCUUUCUGGAAGUUUAACACGUACGCACACAUACACGCAAUGACGUCAUUCAUUGUGGCAGCGCCACUGAUUUCCUCCAAUGACGCAUCAACUGUCAGUGGCUAGCCAAUGAUAGUGCAGGAAGGCGGAACUUAAACAGGAACUGGCGGUUCAAAUGCAGUAUAACUAGCUAUGCUAACAAUAACAAUGGCUAUUACAUCACCCAAAUUACACCAGUUAAAGCAAUAGUUACUGCUUUUGCGUCACGAUUACUUUACUUCCAUUGCUACAUUUGAGCCGUUUGUUCCCCUCAUGGCGACUGUCCCUUUAAAAAAAAAAAAAAAAAAAAAAGAAGAAGAAGAAGCGGAGCCUCGACUUUGCCCCCUCCCUCUUCCUACUAGUGGAGGAUGUCCAUAUGGCUUCCUCUUGUUGUCUGGGCUGCCAGCAACAGCGCGCCAUCACUUGAGAGGGAGGAGACUGUCCCAAUUUACGGCGAAGAAGAAUUCGUAGAGGGGAGCUUCCCGAUGGGGCAGUUAGCCAGAUGACCCGGCGACGGAGGUUGAGGGGCGAACAUAUUUCCACCGCGAUCCGGACUUCGAGAGUCUGCUCGGGCGUGCUGCUGCUGCUGCGCACGUCCUCGUCCUGCAGCCUCGCCUCUCUCUCAUCAAUCCAACGGUGCAGGACCCGCUUGCUCCUCAGCCGGCUACCACAAGGCAGAUGAUGAGAUGUCCGGGACCACGUCGCAGGCGGAGCCCGUAGAAGCCACGGCUCGGACGGUGCUGCUCAACCGGACCCAGACCACCAAGUUCUGCGACAACCACGUCAGUACCACCAAGUAUGGCGUCCUCACCUUCCUUCCCCGCUUCCUGUACGAGCAGAUCAGGAGGGCCGCCAACGCCUUCUUCCUCUUCAUUGCACUCAUGCAGCAAAUCCCUGACGUGUCACCGACUGGCCGCUACACCACGCUGGUCCCGCUCAUUUUCAUCCUCACAGUGGCGGGCAUCAAGGAGAUCAUCGAGGACUAUAAACGACAUAAAGCGGACAACACGGUCAACAACAAGAAGACGACAGUGCUGCGUAACGGAGUCUGGCAGACCAUCGUAUGGAAACAGGUGGCAGUAGGAGACAUAGUAAAGGUGACCAAUGGCAGGCACCUUCCGGCUGACAUGGUCAUUGUGUCAUCCAGUGAACCACAAGCAAUGUGCUACACAGAGACCUCCAACCUGGAUGGUGAAACCAACCUGAAGAUCAGACAGGGUCUUUCCCUCACCGCAGGCUUCCAGACCCUGGAGGAUUUGAUGUCCUUGUUCGGUCGUUUGGAGUGUGAAGGUCCAAACAGACACCUGUACGACUUCACUGGGACACUAAAGCUAGAGAACCAAAAUCCUGCUCCUUUAGGUCCAGACCAGGUUCUGCUGCGUGGCGCUCAGCUCCGGAACACGCAGUGGGUUGUGGGAAUUGUCGUCUACACCGGCCAUGACUCCAAACUAAUGCAGAACUCCACCAAGGCACCGCUGAAGCGCUCCAAUGUGGAGCGGGUGACCAACAUGCAGAUCUUGGUCCUGCUCGGUAUCCUCCUGGUAAUGGCCUUGAUCAGCUCCGUGGGCGCUGCCAUCUGGAACAGACAGCACACAGACGAAUCCUGCUGGUACCUCUCACGAGUUGGCGACAUCUCUGCUAACUUUGCCUACAACCUGCUGACGUUCAUCAUCCUGUACAACAACCUGAUUCCCAUCAGCCUGCUGGUCACACUGGAGGUGGUCAAGUUCACGCAGGCCCUCUUCAUCAACUGGGAUAUGGAGAUGUACUAUGCAGAGACGGACACGCCAGCGAUGGCUCGAACAUCCAACCUUAAUGAGGAGCUGGGCCAGGUGAAAUAUCUGUUUUCUGACAAGACAGGCACCCUCACCUGUAACGUCAUGCACUUUAAGAAGUGUACCAUUGCAGGAAUUACCUAUGGCCACUUCCCUGAUCUUGACUGUGAUCGGUCCAUGGAGGACUUCAGCAACCUGCCGUCCAACAGCCACAACUCCACAGAGUUUGAUGACCCGACUCUCAUCCAGAACAUCGAGAAAGGCCAUGUGACGGCUCCUCACAUCUGCGAGUUCCUGACCAUGAUGGCGGUGUGCCACACAGUAGUGCCAGAGCGAGAGGACGACCAGCUCGUCUACCAGGCCUCCUCACCAGACGAGGGCGCUCUGGUGAAAGGGGCCAAAGGUCUGGGCUUCGUCUUCACUGCCAGGACGCCGCAUUCUGUCAUCAUCGACGCUAGAGGGAAGGAGUUGAGCUAUGAGCUGCUAAACGUGCUGGAGUUUUCCAGCAACCGCAAACGCAUGUCUGUGGUGGUGCGAACCCCCAAUGGGAAGCUCCGCCUUUACUGCAAAGGCGCAGACAAUGUGAUAUUUGAACGCCUGACCGUGGACUCCCACUACAAAGACUUGACUGUCGCUCACUUGGAGCAGUUUGCCACAGAAGGCCUGAGGACUUUGUGCUUCGCCUACGUGGACUUGGAAGAAGACGCCUACCAGGAGUGGUUGAAGGAGUACAACCGGGUCAGCACCGUGCUAAAAGACAGAGCUCAGAAACUCGAGGAGUGUUAUGAGCAACUGGAAAAGAACCUGAUGCUGCUGGGUGCCACCGCCAUAGAGGACCGUCUCCAGGCCGGCGUCCCCGAAACCAUCGCCACUCUCAUGAGGGCUGACAUCAAGAUCUGGGUCCUCACCGGCGACAAGCAGGAGACAGCCAUCAACAUCGGUUACUCGUGUCGCCUCGUGACGCACGGUAUGUCCCUCAUCAUCGUCAACGAGGACUCUCUGGAUGCAACUCGCGCCACCCUGACGGCUCACUGCUCAUCCUUGGGUGACUCUCUGCGGAAGGAGAACGAGCUGGCGCUGAUCAUCGAUGGCCAGACGCUGAAGUAUGCGCUGUCCUUUGAGCUGCGACAGGCCUUCCUCGACCUGGCCUUAUCUUGCAAGGCGGUCAUCUGCUGCAGGGUGUCCCCGCUGCAGAAGUCCGAGAUCGUGGACAUGGUGAAAAAGCACGUGAAGGCAAUCACGCUGGCCAUUGGCGAUGGCGCCAACGACGUGGGCAUGAUCCAGACGGCUCAUGUGGGCGUGGGCAUCAGCGGCAACGAGGGCAUGCAGGCCACCAACUCCUCAGACUACUCCAUCGCGCAGUUCUCCUAUCUGGAGAAGCUGCUGCUGGUCCACGGUGCUUGGAGCUACAACCGUGUCACCAAGUGCAUCCUCUACUGCUUCUACAAGAACGUGGUGCUCUACAUCAUUGAGCUCUGGUUUGCCUUUGUGAACGGCUUCUCGGGUCAGAUCCUGUUUGAGCGCUGGUGCAUCGGCCUCUACAAUGUGAUGUUUACUGCACUGCCUCCAUUCACUUUGGGGAUUUUCGACCGGCCGUGUAGCCAGCAGAACAUGCUUCGUUUCCCUCAGCUUUACCGCAUCACCCAGAAUGCCGAGGGCUUCAACAGCAGGGUGUUCUGGGGUCACUGCAUCAAUGCACUGAUUCACUCCAUUAUUCUCUUUUGGUUCCCUCUGAAAAUGUUAGAGCACGACUCGCCCUUCGAUAACGGCCAAGGCAAUGACUACCUUUUUGUUGGAAACAUGGUCUACACGUAUGUUGUAGUUACAGUGUGUCUAAAAGCUGGAAUGGAGAUCACCGCUUGGACCAAGUUCUCCCACCUGGCGGUCUGGGGAAGCAUGGUCCUCUGGCUGGUCUUCUUCGGGGUCUACUCGGCCAUCUGGCCCACCUUUCCAAUCGCCCCCGACAUGCUGGGCCAGGCUGGCAGGGUGAUGCAGUGCUGGUACUUCUGGUUGGGUCUGGUCCUGGUGCCAACCGUCUGCCUACUCAAAGACUUUGCUUGGGCGUCGACACGUCGCACGGUGAGGAAGUCUCUCCUGGAGGAGGUGCAGGAGCUUGAGGCACGCGCCGUGGAUCCGGGUGCCGCCGUGCUGAGGGAUGCCAGUGGACGCAGUCUAAACGAACGUGCCCAUCUUCUGACAAGAGUUAGGAAGACGGCCUCCAGCCUCGGACGCUCCAACUCUGUGCAGCAGACCGUGACACAUGGCUACGCCUUCUCCCAGGAGGAGCACGGCGUGGUGUCCCAAUCCCAGGUCGUGCGCUCCUACGACACCACCCGCCAGCGGCCCAGCAUCUAGCCACGCCCCCGCCCCCGACCGAGUUGUCAAGACGGUGAGUGGAUCCCUCAUAGCUGUGGCCUUACUGGGACCUGGACUUGUUCUUUUUGGAGGCUAACUCGAUUGAGACGAUGGGGAAGAAACUUCAAACGUCAGUCCUACCCACGCUAGGCAUGACGAGUCGAACUCAGAGACUGUUAAUCAACCUCAGCCUGGGUUGGAUUCAUUCAUGCUGCUGCUGCGUCUUUCCUGUGUGUGUGUGUGUGUGUGUGUGUGUGUGUGUGUGUGUGUGUGUCCCCCCACAGUUCCCUCUUUUUCCAUGAGGUGUUUUUCUUUUGCUCCUCACUCAUCGCAUGCCGACAUCAGAGAGCAGAGGACGUCCAAAUAAACACACACGGAUGAAUUCCUCAGAGCGGGAAAAGAGCCGAGCCUCGCUGCCAAACACCACAGGGAUGCUACUGAGGCAGAACCGACCCCCCUGCCCCAAAAAACCCACCCUCCCUUACUGCACUACAGCAUCCUUCCUUAUCUCCUCACUUCCUAUCUCUCCAUCUCCAAUUUCUACGACUGGACUUUUUCUUUUUUUUUUUUUUCAUGAUGAAUGCUUCAUGUUUUUGUACUCGUGUCCUAGAGGGAACAUUCUACUUGAACUAGAUCUACAAUGCAUCUAAACAGAAGGGAUUCCGCAUGGAGACGCCGGCUUCUUGUGGUGUGUUUUUUUUUGGUUUUGUUUGUCUGCGUGUUCUGUUGUGAGUCAACGGUUCUGUCUGUUUCUCGCUCUUUCUUUCUUUCUGCUUCUUCUGGAAUGCCAAGACUGAAAGCUUGUAAGAGGGGAUUGUCCAUCCAAGUCAUCCUAAUCAUUAAAUCUAAUCAAUCCCAACGUCUCUGCCGUCUCCUGGCUGGAAGGCGCAUACUCUCCACGCCGUUAAGUAGCGUUUCCCACAAAAAGCAAUUGUUAGUCGUGGAAAGCGCACAUGUUUUGGUUCUUUUUAGCGUGGUUGCAGAGCCUUGCACACAGCACAAUGCAUAUUUUUCUAGGAAAUCUUGCUAGUUUUCUAUGACUUCAUGCUAAAUUCUUGUGAGCGUUUGACUUCAUUUUUUUAAAUGAACAUGUAGUUUCAUAUACAUUACAACCUGGUCAAAGUUUCUUUUUGGGGGCAUUUCUGCCUGUAAAAGUAACGGAAAUAAUCCAGGGUCAAUUUAUUAUUAUUUACUGUUAACAUUUUACUAGUGUAAAAAUAAGUUCAAACGUAAAGACAUAAAAACACGUCUAAUUUUGUCUUCACAUUGUUGCCGUCGUAAUUUUUGGGGGGGGAUUCUCAUACAAGUGUAAAAGGAAGUUAACCAGUGUUAUUGUUUUUAUAACUUACAGUUGGCUUCAAAAUGAUUGAACCCUAAUUGUAAAUUCCAUUUAUUUACAUUCAUAAACUUGCGGUCGUUAGCAAUUGAGGUAGCUCAAAGUGGCAGCAGGUUUGGGAGUUGAGUUGGACUCCAUCUUCAACCUGAAAAGGCCCAACAAGCUCAUCUUUUAAUAGUUCCAGCCUUUACCUGUACUGCCUCUCCACCUUGCUGGCGUCUGAGUUGGAGUGGAGCUUUCAGCCACGGGCCCAUCCCUCUGGUCCAAAAAGAGUCACUCAUUUCAAGUCCAUAAAACCUUUGAAAAGUCUGUCUUCAGAUAUGUCUUGGCCAAGUCCUAGCCUUUCAACUUGUGUGUCUUGUGCGGUGGUGGUGGGGGCUCUGAGCGCUGAACACUCCAGGUAGAUUGCAGCUCUGGAAUAUGACAGCAUUGGAGGAUAAUGUGUUCCUGGGGGCUUCACGUUUGCUUUUUCUCAAAUAUUUGGCAGUUAAUUUGCAUGUUUUUUUCUCAACACGUUUUUUGCGACCCUUGUGUGCACUUGCAAGAAAACGUUUAAUGGUUUUGUGGUCACACCCUAAUAUAACGGCAGCUCCAAGCGUGCUGCAUCCCUAUGGAAGAUCUUCUACAGUUCUUGACUUUUCAGAGUCUGUUAAAUCUCUUUUCUGGCCCAUUUUGCCAGAGGAAAAGAAGCUGCCUGAUAAUUGUACACACCUAAUAAAGGGUGUUGGUCUCCUAAGGCCACACCCUCCCUCACCUGGUAUGCGUAAACCCAAUAGGCAUUCAGGUUUAUUCAGCUUGGGGUUGGAAAAUAUGCCUAAAAAUGACAACAUGGUCAAAAUACUGACUUGCCUAAUAAUUGUGUACACAGUAUUACUUGUAGACAGUAUUUUAGAGGUGUUUGGGGGGGGCAAGAAAAAGUAAAAGGCUGAAGUGAAGUCUAACAUGGUCUAAACGCCAACAUUUUGAGCAACUUUUUCACACAGUCUGAACUGCUUGACUUCCAAACUUCCUCUGUUUCAAAAUCCCUCUUCUCCCACGCUCCUUUUCCUGACGCAGACCUUUAGGAUUAAUACACUCCCCCCAGUCCCUGGGACUCAGGAGUCCAAGUAGAGAUGCCUUUCCCACCCACCUUCCUGGACGUGCAGUAUGGAGAAUCCAUCUCCGUUCUUGCCAAGCGCUACUUACCAGCGUCACACCUCCAUGUUGUUGUGUUGAUGUGACAGCUAAUAGUGAGCGUGCACAGUGUGUGUCUGUGCUGUGUGUGUGAAUGUGUGUAAUUGCUCUUUCAAGGAGAUUAGCAACAUGAGACAGCUGUGCGUGCAAAACUCUGAACCAAGGCCCUUCCUCUUCCGAGUACAUGCUGUUACUCAGCACAUACUCGCCUAUCAAAGGUCCCCUACUGAGCCCAAGUGGCUUUUGAAUGAUGUACCAGUGAUAAGUGUUCCUACAGCCUCUUAUGAGCAUCAAACCCUAUCACCUCCCUCACUUGUGUGCUCUACUUUUGAAAGAAGCGCCCAUUUUCAUUUUCUAAAAUAAAACAUGGGAUCUGUAGAUUUGAUGAGAUGCGGGCAGUCCCUCACUACAUCACGGUUCGAACAUGGCUCCUUCACUCUAUCGUGGUUUUUUCCAAAAUUAAUGAAUAAAUCCCGCUGUUUUGUGGUUGACUACGGCCUAUUCGUCAAAUAAAAUGCAUAUGUAAGCAAAUUGUAAAUAGUUUUUGCCCAAAUUAGGCAUUUUCAAGCAUAAAAAUGGUCAAAUGAAGUAAAAUACAAAUAUGAGCCAUUACAACCACCGUUCAACUUAUGAAUGUAGUAUUCUACAUCAGUCACUCUGUCAGUAAUUGUUCUGUGAGACAAGUGCCAGACUUGAUUGCCGGAACAACAGGCUUUUAUUGCAGGUUUAAUGAUCUCACAACAGGCACAAUAAUAAUCAAAAUCGCAUCAUAACCCGGGUUACUGUUGCGGCCAUAGUCCACAACAAGCUAAAACCCAACUCUGAACCCCCUACGUCACUUACUGUCCGCCACCGAUUCUGCCUCCCGACCACGUAAAAUGGCUUAUUUUCUGAUCAUAUACAUGAUAUUGGGUAAUACAAAUGUAAAGGGGACUAUAGGGGUGUUAUUUCAUGUCUACAUAGCUUUAAUAACGUCAUACAACGCAUUCAGAAGAUCGUAAACAUGUUUCCUAUGCCAAAACUACGCUAAAUAUCGCAGUCAAGUCUGGAACCAAUUAACCACAAUAAACGAGGGAUUCCUGUAUUUAGUUUUUCGUCAGUGAAUAGCUAAACUAGCAUGAUGUUGCCGCUAAAUGUGUAAUGUUAACACUGUAGCUCACAGUAGCUCACAUAGUUAUGUUACGUUUGUCUCUACUCCGUUGGACACGUGUUAGAGUGUACAUGUAAAAUAUGGACAACGUGCACAAUAGCGCUUCUUGGAGAGACACACUAUUGGACAAAAUCAGCUCAUUAAAGCUACACACGCACAAAAGGGAGUGUUCUAGCAGGGCUGACCAGAAGUACUUUUAAACAGUCAAAAUUCCAGCAUCAAUGCAACACAGUUGCAGUACACUAUUGUGGCACCUCUGACACUUGAAACUGAACCUGGACCUGAACAGUUCACUUGCGAUGGAUUCAAUGACCUGGAUGAAUGAGAAUAUUCAAAUACAAAUACUAUUAUAUGCAGCUUUUAUGCUUAUGAAAAUAAGAAACUGAAGCUGCCUUGAAAUUUUUAUUUUUUUAUUUUUAUCACUCCUGCAUCCAUUUAACAUUCU